CCCAGGCCUCUCCAUGGACUCCCCCAGCCCCAUGGACCCCCGGGCGAUGGACCAGGUGUUCCAGGAGGCCCUCCGAGAGGCCGGGCACGUCCGAGAAGAGCGGCUGCCCAUCCGGCGCUUCCAGUCUUUGCCCAUGAAGCUUCUGGGAUCCAGCCCAGCCUUGAGGAACAUCACCAACUCGCGGGCGCUGGACGUGGCCCGAAAGAGCGAGGGGGACAUCAAGCUGGACUUGGAGAACCGAGAGGACAAGGAGAAUGAGGGGUUUGUCUUCAAGAUGCCCUCCAGACCGGUGGGGCACAGCCAGGCGGCCGCCGCUGAGUGGGCCAGCCGGAGGGAGGCUUUUGCUCAGAGGCCAAACUCAGCGCCUGAUCUGAUGUGCUUCUCUCCGGGACAGAAGGCAAACGGCCUGGCCCCGCUGCCCCUGCGCCGCUCCUCCUUGGCCUCCACGUCCGGCGGUGCGGGAGACCUUAGUGACGAUGGGGAUGACGGCUUUAUGGACAUCCUGGACGAUGACCUGAAGAAUGAGGAAGAGGUUCCCCCCGGGAUGGCAAGUCUCCUCAGCGCUCCCCUGGUCAAGAAAGAAGAGGAAGAAAAUGAGCAGUCUCUGGUCAUGCACAGCAAGUGUCGAAGACUCUUCCGCUCCCCCUCCAUGCCCAGCAGCUCCCUCCGGCCCAUCUUAAAGCGGCUGGAGCGGCCCCGGGACAAGGACACACCGGUCAAGAACAAGCGCAGAAAGAGUGUCACCACGCUGAGCGUGGCCCCGGAGGAGAAGGAAGAAGAGCCGAAACCUCGCCUCCUCCGCUCCAAGUCUUUAUGCCAUGAUGAAAUCGAGACCAUCCUGGACAACGACCCGCGCGAGCUGAUUGGAGAUUACUCCAAGGCGUUCCUCCUGCAGACGAUAGAUGGGCGCCACCAAGACCUUAAAUACAUCUCCGCAGAGACGAUGGUGGCCGUAUUAACGGGGAAGUUUAGCAACAUCGUGGAGAAAUGCGUCAUCCUGGACUGCAGAUACCCCUACGAGUUUGAGGGGGGGCACAUCAAGGGCGCCAUAAACCUUCCUUUGGAGCAAGACGCCGAGAGCUUCCUGCUGGCCAGCCCGGCUCUCCCGCUGAGCUCGGACAAGAGGAUCAUCCUCAUUUUCCACUGUGAAUUCUCCUCGGAGCGGGGGCCCCGCAUGUGCCGCUUCAUCCGAGAGCGAGACCGAGCGGCCAACGACUACCCGAAUCUGUACUACCCCGAGAUGUACAUCCUCAAAGGCGGCUACAAGGACUUCUUCCCGCAGUAUCCGACCUUCUGUGAGCCGCAGGACUACCGGCCCAUGAACCACGAAGACUUCAAGGAAGACUUCAAGAGAUUCCGCCUGAAGAGCCGCACCUGGUCCGGAGAACGGAGCAAGCGAGAGAUGUACAGCCGCCUGAAGGACUUCUGAGGGGCCGGAGAGCCUCGCCGGACCCUCGCCUCGCCCCCUCCCCUCGUGUCUCCUCCUCUCCCCCCUCCCCAGCGAGCCACCCCGACAACGCUAGGACGGCCCUUCUCCAGAGGCCUCCGCCUCGACGUGGCUUCUUCAUCUUUCUGAAUUCCAACUUUUCCUGGGGAAAAGUCCGUCCCUCUGUCUCCCUUCUUACCCCUUUAUUUAAUUAUUGGACUCAAACCCAAGCGUCCGCCCCAGGCUGUGGGUGCCCGUCCCGGGGGCUUCGGGCCCACUCCGGGUGUCUGGGUCGUGGACGCUGCCCCGCCGUGUAUCUUCGGGGGGCUCUCCUGCGAGGAGUUUUCUGACCUGGAAUCCCCGCGCCCCUCCCUCCCAUCCUGCCCUCCUCCCUGAGCCAGGCUUCUUGUGUGUUGUGCAUCUUUUGUAUUUUUCUUUCCUCUUUUGGGCGGGAAGGCCAGGAGCCUGCUUUGACACCCGCCGCGGCCCCGUGGGGUCUCCCUUGGGGAGAAGAAGGGCAUCUGGCUGGCUCCAAAGAUCUUUUGGGGGUGGGGAGGAGAUCUCUCUCUCCCUCCCCCGUGCCUUUAUUUUCUUGCAUUUAGAGCUUGUGCUAUCCCACAGCCGAAGCACGUUGGCAAUGCCCCGUGAUGGGACGUGACGGGGCGUCCCGGCCACGGAAGGAGGAAUAAAAGCCUUUCCUCCCCGGUGAACGGGAUAGAACGAGGCAGCCCACUGCCUUUCCGGCCCGCUAACAUUUCAUUUACUUUCUAAAAACAAGACCUCGAGUUUCCUUCCUUGCCCCCCUCCACAUGUGAGCCGUUGCUGCUGUCGGACUAUGAAAUUUUCCAUCCCAGGGAGAAGGGCCGAAUCGGAUGCCUUCCUUCCACCAAGCCCGCGAGGGCGCUCUGCACACUCCUGUCUUUAAAAAUAAUUUUUUUAAGGUCUGGGGAGGGGGGUGGGAAAUGUCUUGAUUGAUUGGUUGGUUUGUUUAAA